AAGAAAAUGAGGAAGAGGAAAAAGUCUGCAGCUAAGCCGGUGGAAGAAUAUUCAGUACAUAUUUCUGAUGAUUCUGACCUACCAGACAUCCCCUCAGAUAUUACAGAUCCAAAGUGUGACUCUAAUUUGAAAACAUCCACUCCAAAGAAAAGUGCAUGGUCUACUGCUACGGUUACCACUGAAGAUAAAAUACAGAAUUUCAAAUCCAUUCCAAAAGAAAGUGCAUGUUCUACUGCUACAGUUACAAAUGAAGAUAAAAUACAGAAUUUCAAAUCCAUUCCAAAAGAAAGUGCAUGUUCUACUGCUACGGUUACCAAUGACGAUAAAAUACAGAAUUUCAAAUCCAUUCCAAAAGAAAGUGCAUGUUCUACUGCUAUGGUUACCAAUGACGAUAAAAUACAGUUGAUGGAGUCACCUAAUUCAUAUUUUGAGCAAGGGCAGUCUCAUUUGUCACCUGAGAAAGAGAUCAUAGACCAGGAGAUAAAAAAGCUUUUUGAUCUCAUGGACAUGAAGAUAAAGAGAAAAAAGAUGGCUGAUGAUGCUGUCAUUUCCUAUCCUCGUAAAGAGGAUCGGAAAUUCAUUACCAUUAUUUAUGAAGAUCAUGGAGGGAUGUCUUUUACAAGACCGUUUUGUAAAGACGACACUCUGCAGAGUAUUUUCACAUAUAUAUGCAGGGAAGUAGAGGCAGAAAUCCUGCCACCUGUCUUCCACCUGGAGUGUGUGAAUCCACUGAAAUGUCUGGUUGAAGGUUGCAAACAUUGUUAUGAGCUGGAAGCCAGCCACCAUGAGUUUAUUUCUUCACUGCCAGAUGUAUUAAUUCUUAAAGAAGGGAACUUCUUAAUGGAUGAUACAAUGACCAAUUUUGGAAAUGUGCUCAUGUAAGGGACAGGACCUUCACCACCAAAACGUGUAUAUCUACACUAGCUCUAAUUAUCUCUACACAUGUAGUGUGUUGUUCAUCAUUAAAUACAUAUUGUUUCCAUAACUUUUAUGAUACAUGUAUUAUGUACAUUGAAAUGAAUAUUAUCAUGUACAUUAAAAGAAUUGCUCAAAGAAAAUUUAAAAGGAAAUCAUUUUAAGGUAAUUUGAAUGUUAGCCACAGAUCAGUUUCUCUUAUUUCUUUUUUAUUUGUCACAAUGGGUUAUCAUAAUUUCUUCUCCUUUAAUUGUUUUUACGUCUCUUCUUACUGGUAUUUAUAUGCAAUAGUUUUCCUUACAUGAAAGA